AUGAAGGUGGUCAUUAUUGGUGCCGGAAUCGGUGGUCUGGUUUGCGCCAUAUCCUGUCGUCGGGAAGGCCUCGAAGUUGUAGUUCUCGAACAAGCUGCUGCUUUACAGCCUGUCGGCGCAGGGAUACAGAUACCACCUAACGCUGCCCGGAUCCUUCGCAAGCUCGGCCUCGUACCCCAACUGCUAGACAAGGCCACUUUGGUCGAUACAAUUGAUUACCUUCGAUACAAAGAUGGCAAGGUCUUGUAUCAGAUGGAAGGCGGCGAGAAGAUGAAGCAAUCCUAUGGCGAUCUUUGGAUGGUUAUUGCUCGACCACACUACCACGGUGUAUUAUGGAGCGCGGCCAAGGAGGCUGGCGCAGAGUUACGACUUGGCACGGAGGCAGUGGCGAUCGAUUUCAAAGACUCAAGUGUGCGCCUUGGGACUGGCGAAAUCGUAAGGGGUGAUGUUGUCGUUGGUGCCGAUGGUCUCUGGUCAAGAUCGAGGGAUCAGAUUCUUGGCCGACCCUCUCCACCGUCUGAGACGGGAGACCUUGCAUAUCGAGCCACCUUGACCUUGCAGCAGAUGAAGGAUUUGAAAGACCCUCGGAUAGACGACUUGAUCGAGCAUAAGACAGUCAAAUGCUGGAUGGGCCCGAAUAAGCAUUGUGUUCUUUAUCCCAUUGGCGGUGGACAAGUAUUCAACCUUGUCAUUAUAUGCCCAGAUGACAUACCCAAAGAUAUGAGACAGGCGCCUGGGGAUGUGGAGGAGAUGCGAGCUUUGUUUGUCGGCUGGGAUGAAAGGUCCGCCUUGCUUGGCGAUGCAUGCCAUCCAACACUGCCAUAUCAAGCGCAGGGCGCAGCAAUGGCGGUAGAAGAUGGCGCUGUUCUGGGAAAGCUGCUUGGGCAGUUGGAGAGCUCAGGUCUAUAUCAUGAUGGGACCAGAGACACUGUACUGGGCAUGUUGGAGAUCUACGAGAACUUACGAAAGUCUAGGACCACCAUCAACGUUCAGGGAGCGAGGUCAAAUCAGCGUGCAUAUCAUUUGCCAGAUGGCCCCAUUCAGGAGUCAAGGGAUGCAUGGCUAAGGUCUGAACCUAGAGGAGCUUCACCCGAUGGGUUCACUCUUGCUGACACGGCCUACCUCGAAGUCAUUCUGGGAUUUGAUGCCUUGGAGGAAAGUGUCGAUGCUUUCGAGCAUUGGAAAGCUGGCCAGUCACAAAAUCUGCCGAGAUACAAUUUGUAG